UCUAGUUGACAGUUGGCUAAAAUAAAGUUGGCUUUAAAUAGUAUAAACAAUAAUAAAUAUUGCUACUUGCAGCUACUUGCUCUUUAUAAUUGUACCAUUUGUACCUCAAUCAUACCUCAUUAUGAUCAUUGUAUUUUAUACCCUUUUGCAUUUGCUUGUAAAAAGUCGAAAACUUUUUAUUUCUUUCUAUCAGCAAUCAUUAAUAAAUUUUGGAAGUGAUCAUCUCGAGGUAAAAAAGACACAGCAAACAUCAUCAAAGAAACUUAUCAUCACGGCUUCUUCAAUAACGAAGAUUGAUACUCCAGUUGAUGUACUCCGUCAUAUUAAACAGCGUUUAAGUGACGAGGGAAAACUAUCGGAAGAUGCCGGAAAAAUUAUUGAUGAUUAUAUCAAUGAAGAAGAAAAUUAUAACUCUACAAUAAUAAGACGCAAGAAAGACUGGAAGCCUAAGCCACCAAUACAUACACCAGAACAAUUGAAAAUUGUUGAAUUAGCAGAUGUAAAGAUUACGGAAUAUAAUCUAUUUUGUGAAAAGUUGGGACCAGAUCCAACCCCCGAUCAAAUGAAAGAAAAAAAAAAGCUCAGUAACGGAAUUGAUGAACUUCUGCGUCAACUUUAUUUGAAAUAAUCUUAGAAAAAUUAAUAUACUUGUUACAUUUUUUUACA